AAGGGUAGCUCAAUCAGAAGUGAGAAGGUCGGCUCUGGGGCGGAGCUAAAACUAAGGCGGUUGAACGGCUCGAGAUGAGGGGAAUCCGUGGAGAAGGGACUCUGGCCAUGGACCAGCCGGCUGGCCUGCAGGUGGACUACAUGUUCCGGGGUGUGGAGCAUGCUGUGCGUGUGGUAGUGUCAGGGCAGGUUCUGGAGCUGGAGGUGGAGGACCGGAUGACAGCCGACCAGUGGCGAGGAGAGUUUGAUGCCAGCUUCAUUGAAGACUUGACUCACAAGACGGGGAACUUCAAACAGUUCAGCAUCUUCUGUAACAUGCUGGAGUCGGCACUCACCCAGAGCAGUGAGUCUGUCACCCUGGACCUGCUCACCUACACAGACCUGGAGUCCCUGCGGAGCCGCAAGCUGGGGGUCCGCCUGGGUGCCUCUGCCCCUAGGUCGGCACAACUCAACUCCAAGCGCUACCUCAUCCUCAUCUAUUCCGUGGAGUUUGACAGGAUUCACUACCCGCUGCCCCUCCCGUACCAGGGCAAGCCGGACCCCGUGGUCCUGCAGGGCAUCAUCCGCUCGCUGAAGGAGGAGCUGGGUCGACUUCGGGGUCUGGAUGGCGGCCAGGACACUCGUGACACGCGGGAGACAGAGCUCUGGCACCUGAGGGAGCAGGUGACCCGCCUGGCGUCCGAGAAGCGCGAGCUGGAGGCGCAGCUGGGCCGCUCCCGAGAGGAGGCGCUGGCGGGGCGGGCAGCGCGCCAGGAGGCUGAGACGCUGCGCAGGCUGGUGCGGGAACUGGAGCUGGAGCUGCGGCAGGAGCGCAGCCUCGGGGGCCGGGUUGGCGCCCGCAGCCAGGACUGCCGCCGCCUGGCCAAGGAGCUCGAGGAGGUGAAGGCGUCGGAGCGCGGUCUGCGCGCGCGGCUGAAGACGGUCAACAGCGAACUAGCUAUGUACCGAAGGGGGAGACGCGCCCUGCCAGCGCCGGCUCCGGCCCGGGAGGACCGAGCCUCGUCGUCCCGGGAGCGCUCCACGUCUCGUGGCCGCGCGGCCACUCGAUCCUCGUCGCGGGAGAGCUGCCGUGGGGCCCGGGGUCGGGGCCGGCUGGCGCGCCCCUCGCCCUCCCCCACAGGUGGCCGUGCGCCCCGUUUUGACCCCACAGCCUUUGUGAAAGCAAAGGAGAAGAAGCAGAGAGAGAUCAAGAUGAAGCAGCAGCAGCAGAGGAACCGAAUGGGCAGUGGAGGAAGCGGGGACGGUCCUUCUGUCUCAUGGUCUCACCAGACGCGGCCCGCUGUUGCUGUGACAGGCCGAGGGGACGCUGCCAACCGCUCUCGGAACCGCAGCUCUUCCGUGGAGAGUUUCCGCAGCCGCUGCUCGUCGGUCAGCUCCUGCAGCGAGAUGGAGGAUUUCUCCCAGUCGGUUUCCAGAAGGCGUCCCAGCCGAGGCCGAAGGAAACCACCGAGCCCCACACCUUGGAGCGGGUCCAAGACGAAGUCUGCCACCAGGGAACACAAAAAUCACCAGAGAAACCUGGCCAGUUCUGACGGCUGGGUCCCCAUCAAAGAGUACAGCUCCGAUUACCAGGGAGCUGACAUGGCUGAAAUAGAUGCCCGCCUGAAGGCUUUGCAAGAGUACAUGAACCGGCUGGACACACGGUCAUGACCCUGGAGAGGUGGCACCCCGAUUUCCCAUCCUACCUGUGGAGGCAGCUCCCCUCCUGUGCUCCCCACUUCCAGGUGUGCGAGGGCCCGACUCCCCCACCUUCUCCCAGUAAUGCAUUCUAGGGGAAGAAGGUUUGUGUAUUUUGUAAAUAAAUAUGAUUGUUUUUGGAA